UGCGCUAUCUGUGGCGACGGCCUCUCGGUAGACCCCAACAUGAUUGUCUUUUGCGAGCGCUGCGACAUUGCGGUGCACCAGCACUGCUACGGAAGCGAGGUUCGGCCCAAGCGCUGGGAGAUGGAGGCGCGCGGCAUCACGCAUGCAGAGCUACCGGGCGGCUCGCUGGCGGUGUCGUGCUGCCUGUGUCCUGUGCGCCAGGGCGCUUUCAAGCGUACGGUGGACGGCAAGGCCUGGGCCCAUGUGGUCUGUGCGCUAUGGCACGAGGGGCCCACGGUGCUCAACUCCGACUCGCCGGACACUAUCGACAACCUGGGCCUUAUUCGUCCGGAGCGGUGGCGCGCGCCCUGCACCAUCUGCGGCAAGGUGGCAGGUGCCGUCGCCAAGUGCAACUUCGGCCACUGCCAGUGCUACUUCCAUCCUCUGUGCGCCCGCCGCACCGGG